GCAAGAUGUAUUGAUUAUGAUACACAUUUUCCAGUAAUUGCAAUUAUAACACCGAUAUCGUUCUUAGCGAAAAUUGAUUUUGACGUAAAUAAAAGUACUUGACCUCGUGCAUCAACGCGGCAUCUAUAGUACGCACGUUUAGACGGCAGGAGAUUUUAAAUCGGAAAUUCUAGAAAUAAUAUACCAGUGUGUCCAAAAAAGUGACAACGCAGCAUGCUUGACGUUUCUUGAAAAAAUGACGUAUGACAGAUUUGACGCGUUGCUUGACUUUUGGUCUGUUUGGCCGCUUGGAAAAUAGAAAAUAGGUUUUUUCCAAAUCCUGAAUUGGAUCCUUUUGUAGUUAUUUGGUUAAUGUAGGAUAUUAAACUAACAUUUUUAUUCAUAAUUGGGUGUUUAGACUCUUACAUUGCAUCCUAAUUAAUAACAGAUUAAAAAAUGGGAGAUACAGUGAACGACACAAUCUUGGACAUGGUCAAGAACUUGAAAUCGACUGUAGAAAUUCGGAGAACUACACGUGAGUUCCUUUCCCUAAAACGCUCUAUAAGUAGCGUAAACUCAAACGACAGCAGUAUAGAAGACUCCACCCCUGUAAAAAGGUUGAAGCAAGAUAGCCUAAUGGAUUUGUCUUAUAUUGGCUCACCGAGAGAAGUGCGUCGAUUAAGAGCCGAUUUGCUAGAGGCAAGAAAUACAAUCAAAGCUCUCGAAAGUAGAAUAAGUCACAUGCACUGUGUACAGAAAGAGAUGCAACUUAUGUUUGACGAGGAGAGUCAAGUACUAAAAAGGCAGAACGAGUAUAAUAAUCGCACUAUAGAGGGGUUAGAGAAUCAGCUGCAGAGUAUUAGGAAGAGGGAAACAGAACUAAAAGCAGAAAUGAUGCAGGUAAACGAUAAAUAUAACAUGCUGAAGCUAAAGACCUCGGAACAAAUAGAAAAACUCGAGAAGACAGUAGAGGAGUUCAAAGAAGAAAGUAGACAAAUCACAUCAGAAGAACAUAGUGCUGUGCCAAAAUUAGAAAGGAAAAUAGCAGCUUUGGAAACUAUGCUAGUAGCUGCAGAAGAAGAUGCAGAGGCCCAGAAGAAAUUAGCGGCAGAAUUAGAGAAAAGGCUUUCUGAGCAUAACGCUGCUGAAAGGAAUAUGGAGCAAAAAGAACAAGCACUCCAAAGAGCUAGACUGCAAAUCAAAGAACUAGAGUAUGCAAAAGAAACUUAUCUGGAAUUUCAAGAACAGGCGAAGAGUCAGUCACAGAAGUUGGCACAUUAUGCGGAGCUGGAAAAAGAAAAUGUCCAGCUGAAGGAAGAGAACGCAAGAAUAAGGGAUGCUAUUCAGAACAAGCUUAUUCUUGAGGAGGAGGUGAAUGAUUUGAGGAAUAGGUUGAUUAAGUAUAAGGAGCAGGAGAAAAAGCUGGUUGAAUUACAGGCGCAAGAAUCUCAAAAUGCGAGGUAUCUAAACGAAUGGCGCGCCGUAGCAAGAGGCAUUUGCGAAUCUACAGAAUCCGACGCUUCAUUGCCGCAUUUAUUGCGAGCAGCCGUGGAAAGACUGCAAACGCAAGAAUUAACCUUGACUUCGGAAAAAGUCGACCUGGAGUCUCAACUUAAAACUGCUCUCUAUGAGGCUAAGGCGGCAAAAUCGGAAGUCGAAAAGAAUCAGAAGCUGAUCACAGAAUUGAAGGUCACAGGAGAACAAAAACAGAAUUUGAUUCAUCGCAUGCAGAAAAAAUUGCUUUUGGUCAGCCGCGAAAGAGACAGCUACAGAUUACAGCUUGAUUCUUAUGAAAGGGAUUUGACCAUGUGCAUGAACACAUCGACUACCGGAUCUGCGUCUAAUCAACUUCAAAGCCAGAAGGAGAGAAUCGAAAAUCUUGAAAAGAUUGUCGAAGGAUACAGAGACAUGGUCAGCAAGUUGGAAAAUGAUCUACAGACCAUCCAACCUAUGCAGUCAGAUAUUGUACCAGUUCGGGCAGAUCAAAUUGCUCGCUUACAAAACGAAAUUCGGCAAUUGAAGAAUGAGAACGAGAAACUACACGACAAGAGAGAUGAACUAGAAAUGCAGUUAGAAUCUUAUGUUGUUGGUCAGGAUUCUCUACGUGGCGGGGAGGUACUACAUCUCGCCAACAAUCCUCUGUCGGAGUGCAUCGCUCAAAGGGAAAGCUACAUCGAAAGGCUUGAGCAAGACGUGGAAAAGCUGAAAAAGAAGAUAAAGAGCUUGGAAAAGGGACUCGAAACCUCGAAGUUAUCGGACGCGACUUUGAACCCGCAGGAAGUGAGCGCUUUGAAGGAACAACUGAAGGCCCAGGAGUCGCAAGCGCAGAUGUUGAAAGAGUAUUUCAAGUCCCAAAUGCAGGAGUUCAGAAAUGUCAUCUAUAUGUUGCUCGGAUACAAGAUCGAUCGGACGCAGACGUUGUAUAAGUUGAGGAGCAUGUACGCUGAUAGAUCAGAGGACCAUCUCUGUUUUCAGGUAAACAAAGAUGGUGAACUGAAUUUGUUAGAGAACGAAUACAGCGCCACUUUGGAGGACAUGAUCGACCUCCAUUUGCGACAUCAAAAGUCGAUUCCAGUAUUUUUGAGUGCUAUCACGAUGGAUUUGUUUACUAGCAAAACUAUGACAAAAACUAUACAGAUCGAAUAGUACGUCAGUAGGUUAGAGCAUUGAUUAACGGUGACGAUAUGCAACCUAAUACUAUAUUCUCACCAUACCAUCGUAUGAGGAUUUGUCACAGCUAUGCUUCAGCGCUCCGCACUAAUUUUAAAUUUACUUUGCGGCGUCUCACAGAUGGCGCUGUUAAUAUAGUUAGCUGCAGCGCCAUCUAUGGGACACUAACCUUUUCAAGAUGGAUUUUUAAUUAGCGCAUAGUAUCUGUGAUAAAUUUAUCUCGGAUAUAUGGUAUUAGGUUGGUUAUGUUCGCGUUGAAUUUGUUAAUUAAUGGUUAGAGUAAGUCUGAAACUUUAUAUAUUUGCGUAAAGUUAAGAUUAUAAUUUUGGUAGCUCAUUUGUAUGUUCGUUUUGAAAAAUGUGUAAUGGUAAAUAAAUGCUACCACCCAUA